ACUCAGCCUCCAGAAAGGAGGUGGGUUUGCGGGGCGGAGCCGCCGCUCUGCACCGCCCCGGGUCCUCAGCUGUUCUUGUCAGAUAACGUUACAUGUACCGUUUUACCGCAAGCGGACGGUAACACAUUUAAUUUCAACAACUAAACAGUUCAGCAAGCUGCCAUGGCCUCAGGUGGGCCCACAGCGCCAGGAGCCACACAUAUGGCCACUAAGGUGGAGCUGACCAUCUCCUGUGACAACCUCAUGGACAUGGACAUCUUCUCCAAGUCUGACCCUCUGUGUGCCCUGUACCUCAACACCUCAGGAUCCCACUGGUAUGAGUAUGGGCGCACAGAGAUGAUCCUGAACUGCCUGAAUCCCAGGUUUGCCAAGAAGUUUGUUAUCGACUACUAUUUUGAGAUGGUGCAGAAGCUGAAGUUUUGUGUGUAUGAUAUUGACAAUAACACCUACGACCUGAGUGAUGAUGAUUUCCUGGGGGAGCUUGAAUGUACCCUGGGUCAGAUUGUUUCCAGCAAACAGAUGACUCGAUCUUUGCUGCUAAAAGACAAGAGGCCUGCAGGUCAUGGGACCAUCACAAUCUGUGCUGAAGAAAUAACAGACACCAGAGUGGCAGAGUUUGAGGUGUGUGCCCGCAGGCUGGACAGAAAGUAUUUGUGGUGGUCCGACCCGUUCCUGGAGUUCUACAAGCAAACAGAGACUGGGUGGCAGCUGGCUCACAGGACAGAGGUUGUUUACAACAACUUGAACCCCACAUGGAGACCGUUCCGUGUCUCACUGCGAUCUCUGUGUGGAGGAGAUGUGGAGAAACCUAUAAAGGUCGACUGUUACGACCAUCACAUCAGCGGCUCCCAUGACCUCAUUGGGAGCUUUAAAACCACACUGGCAGAGAUGCAAAUGGGAACGCACAUUUCUCAGGCUGAGUUUGAAUGCAUCAACCCAAAAAAGUUAAAGAAGAAAAACUAUAAAAACUCUGGGGUCCUUUGCAUCAGGCACUGCCAGGUGGUGAAGGAGUACACCUUCCUGGAUUAUAUCAUGGGGGGAUGUCAGAUCAACUUCACUAUCGGUAUUGACUUCACAGGCUCUAACGGGGACCCGAGCUCUCCCCAGUCCCUGCACUACAUCAACCCUGAAGGCUACAAUGAAUACCUGACAGCCAUCUGGGCAGUGGGUAACGUCAUCCAGGACUAUGACAGUAACAAGAUGUUCCCUGUCUUUGGUUUUGGAGCCCAGAUCCCCCCCAGCUGGCAGGUUUCCCAUGAGUUUCCAAUCAAUUUCAAUCCAACAAAUCCAUUCUGUGCAGGUAUAGAGGGUGUGGUGCAGGCAUACCAGCAGUGUCUCCCCCAGGUGAAGCUGUGGGGUCCUACCAACUUUUCUCCGAUCAUCAACCAUGUGGCCUGCUUCGCCAGUCAAGCUCUGCACCAGUACACAGCCUCACAAUACUACGUCCUGCUCAUUAUCACAGACGGAGUGAUCACAGACAUGGACCAGACUCGAGCCGCCAUCGUCCAGGCCUCUCGUCUGCCUAUGUCCAUCAUCAUUGUGGGUGUGGGCAGGGCAGACUUCAGUGCCAUGGAGUUCCUGGACAGUGAUGACAAACUGCUGAGUUCACACACUGGUGAAGUCGCAGCGAGAGACAUCGUCCAGUUUGUGCCCUUCAGAGAUUUCCAAGGAAACAGUGUGGCCCUCGCUCAGAGUGUCCUGGCGGAGCUGCCUGAUCAGGUGUCCUCCUUCUUCAAUUCUUACAAGCUGAAACCCCCGAAUAUAUUGAGUGUUUCUGAGCCGUCCUAGAAAGGUGCGACGAUUAACCCAAAUACCUCAUAUUAACUGCCUGUCUGCAUCUCCUGCUCCCUCCCUCUAUGUUCACUGGAUGGAAUGAUGCAAAUCAAAGCCAAAAAUUGUUCUUAUCAGCUUGUGCUGUCACAUGAACGUGGGGUAAAGAAUAACAGAAUCACAGUGAACCCCAAAUCCAUGACUGAACUCAUUAUCGCUUCAGUCUGAUCCAUGACAGAAGAAUUCCUUGGACGCACGAUACUUUAUCAUGCAUGAAAUCGCCAAGCAAUCUCAAUAAAAAUAAUCACAUUAUUUUGUCAUGUGUCAUCUGACAUGUUGGUAUACCUUUAUUGAUUAAAUAUUAUUUCUUGGA